AUGGCUGCAGCAGGAGCCCCCUGGUCCUGGAUGGUCCCUGCACUAAUCGCAGCCCUGAUUCUGGGGGCGACAGACCCGGUUCUUGCAAAUGAUGUGGCUUCUUGCGACGACCCGUCUGCCAUGGGGCCCUCUGGGAGCACCCAGGACCUCAGGCCCGGGGCGACGGAGGACACCCGGGCGGAUGACAGCAGCAGCCGCAUUGUGAAUGGGACCGACUGCGAGAGGAACAGCCAGCCGUGGCAGGGUGCGCUGUUGGUGAGAUUCAACAAGCUCUACUGUGGGGCCGUGCUGGUGGACCCGCAGUGGCUGCUCACGGCUGCCCACUGCCGCAAGCAAUUUUUCAGAAUCCGUCUUGGCCACCACUCGCUGUCACCCAUGUACGAGUCCGGGCAGCAGCUGUUCCAGGGCAUCAAAUCCAUCCCCCACCCUGGCUACUCCCACCCCGGCCAUUCCAACGACCUCAUGCUCAUCAAACUGAACAAAAGGAUCCAUGAGACUCCGUAUGUCAGGCCCAUCAACAUCACCUCCCGUUGUCCCACUGCCGGGACCAGCUGCCUGGUGUCUGGCUGGGGAACAACCAGCAGUCCCCAGGUUACCUUCCCCAAAGCCCUCCAGUGCCUGAACAUCACGGUGCUGAGUGACGAGCAGUGCAAGAAGGCCUAUCCAAACCAAGUAGAUAACACCAUGUUCUGCGCUGGGGACCAGGCGGGCAGAGACUCUUGCCAGGGUGAUUCCGGGGGCCCCGUGGUCUGCAACGGGUCCCUGCAGGGCCUCGUGUCCUGGGGAGACUUCCCCUGCGCCCAGCCGAACAGACCCGGCGUCUACACCAACCUCUGUCGCUUCACCAAGUGGAUCCAGGACACUAUCAAGUGCAAUUCGUGA